AUGUCCUACAACGCGAACUCUUCGUACCAUGACACGGCGGCUCCUGGCUUCGGCCAGUCCCACGAUCCGUUCGCUGACCUUUCGCGAAACGCCGACGAAAUCAACGAUGCUCUAGACUUUGAGGAUACGUAUGAUGGAUUGGGCGAUCAGUUGGAUGAGACGGAUGAUGCUUUCAAUGACGACACUUUUGGUGGUGGCUCCGGCGGAGUCUCACAUGCGCCUGUAGGCAAGGAUUUCGAUUUCUUUGGCCAAACCGCAAAAGUUGCCGAUGCCAUAGAGGAGGAGCACUUGCGCUUCAACCGUCAGAUGCCGACCCCGAAGCCGGCUCAAACCUCGACUCAACACUACGGCCCGGGCUACUCGUAUCAGCCCGCACCUGCUCCUAGGCCGGCUAGAAGUGGUUACGAGAAGUACAAGGAUCCUGUACCGGUCUCAGACCUUCAAGUUGACGCUUCGAUAUGGGGAGUCCAGCCGAAACGAUCUGUUGGUCCAGCAGUGGUUCAGCCUCAACAGCAACAGCAACCGCAGCCUCAACUGGUCUCCCAGCCUCCGGCGGCGUCGACAGGUCGCAAGAUGAUGAGUUUGGAGGAGGUCGAAGCCGCGAUGCGAGCCCAGGCGAAGGCACCUGCCCAGCCCCAACAGCCGCUCCCACAGCUGCAGCCCACACAUAUGGUUGCCCCUGAACCUCAAUUACAAUUUCAACCUACGCAACAAACCCAUUAUUCUCGUCAGGAGUCUGGUGAUUACCGCCAACAACAGCCGGACAACCGUCCACCUCAGGGUUUUUAUCCCACCGACAAUCACCAAGGUGUUCAUGGGGUAAACCAUGGACACCCUAUCUCUAUUUUGCAACGCCCUUCCUCGAAGAACGCGCCUCCUAGUGGACCAGGUGUGCCUAGUCCCCUACCCCAGCCGUCCCAACCGUCCCAACCGUCUCCCAUGGGAUUCCCAACACAGAUUCUCCAGAAUCCCAACCGUGUACCCGGGGAUGCUAAUAGAAUUAACGUGCCAACACACCCGAAUCACCGAUCUCAAGGUUCGUUCGGUCGACAGCCUCAAGUCAGUACGAACCAGCCUCACCUCUCGCAUUUAUCUGAGCAGGAGAAGGCGGCCUUUCUUGAGGCUGAGGCGAGACGAGCAAAACGGAACCAUAAGAUCCAUGUUCUGUCAAAGGAUAACGGCCUGAUGACACCCCAGGACAAGAGUUUCAUUACUAGGAUCCAACUUCAACAGCUCGUCUCAGCUACCGGUGAUCCCAGCGAACACGGCACCGAUGCUGCUCUUGCAGAAGAUUUCUACUAUCAGGUCUUGAGUUCUCUACGAGCAGGCCAGCGGCCGAACCCGAACCAGCCGUUGAACAAUUUUGCACAGACGUACCUUUUCCAAACAGGUAAUCGCCACGGAGGCAUGAGGCGUCAAGGCAGAGGCCCAGAAAAUCACAUGCAGCGUAUGGAACAACAGGUUCAACGUGCUGUCGAAGCUGCCAAGAAUAAGCCCAAGAAUAAGCAACUGGUUAUUGAAGGUAGCUUAGGAAAGAUCUCGUUUAGCAACGCAAAGACCCCCAAGCCUCUCCUGAAUAUUAAGCGUACUGACAGCGGUGCCGACGCGAACCGACCUACUAGCAGUCAUCGCUCACACCCGACGGCAAAUGGCACUGAUAAGAAGGAGACACUGAAGAACGUUGAACAGGCUUAUCUGACUGUCAUGAAGAUGGAGGACGUGAACCGAAACAUGCCUCAGCCUCCGUCCAAUGGAAACCCGGACCCGGACUUUGAGCGACGUGCCGAGCUACAACAUCAGCUGCAACAGCUGAAUGAGCAACUCUGGAACGAACUCAAGGUGCACGAACCUAUCGGUGCGACAUCGACUCACCCUUUCAUCGCAUUCCUCUCCUAUCCCAAGGGCAAGAAAAUCAUCAGCCGCGUGUUCACUUUCCUCACCCUUGAACAGCAAACUACGAUUCUGACUCUUAUUGUCCUCCACCUUGACCAACUGGAUGUGGUACGCGGUGCGAUAAUGCAGACCGGGGAGCCUAUUAAUGUCAACGCCGCUACUCGUGAGAACAUCGAGCUAUUUAGUUCGUAUGUCAUGCCAAGCCUUCUCCACCUGCUCGGCAAUUCAGAACUUCACAUUGUUACUGGCGUGCUUGGUUUGAUGACCCAGAACUUGAACUUGGACGUUGUCUGUCGGACGCGCAUUGGUUGCUCGAUGUUGACCAUGAUACUCAGUCGUGCUGAACUAGCUAAGCAGGCCGGGCAAGCUACCGAGCAGACAUGGCAGCAAUGGGUCGGCACUUUCAACCAAUUCUUCGAUGCGUUAGAGCCCACGCUUCCCCAUAUCUUCCCUGGCACCGUAGCUUCCGGGGAAGAUAUCUACGUAUGGCAGUUCCUAGCAGCCAUUGGUAUUGGCGCUAGUCUGGAAGAACAGCAACGCCUUGUCCUUGCUGUGAAGGACCGUGUCAUGGACACCUAUAGCCUUUCCAAGACCCUUCCCCCUGACAUGGCGAAGACGCGCCUGGACAAUGUUAACCUGUUCAUGCGAUCUAUCGGUCUUGACGUCGAACUGUUGGAGUAG